GAGCAGGCGAGGGCCGACGUACCGUACGUGCCUCCGCCGCGGUCCGGGGGCUGCGGGCCGCACCGCCGCCCUCUCGGAGGCGGGCCCGGCAGACGGCGGCGGCCAUGUUUGUGGCGCGCAGCAUCGCGGCGGACCACAAGGACCUCAUCCACGAUGUGUCUUUCGACUUCCACGGGCGCCGGAUGGCCACCUGUUCCAGCGACCAGAGCGUCAAGGUGUGGGAUAAGAGCGAGAGCGGAGAUUGGCACUGCACAGCCAGUUGGAAGACACAUAGUGGAUCUGUAUGGCGUGUGACAUGGGCUCAUCCUGAGUUUGGACAAGUUUUGGCUUCCUGUUCUUUUGACCGAACAGCAGCCGUAUGGGAAGAGAUAGUAGGAGAGUCAAACGAUAAACUUCGAGGACAGAGUCACUGGGUGAAAAGGACAACUCUAGUGGACAGCAGAACAUCUGUUACAGAUGUGAAAUUUGCUCCCAAGCACAUGGGUCUGAUGUUAGCAACCUGCUCUGCAGAUGGCAUCGUGAGAGUCUAUGAGGCCCCAGAUGUGAUGAACCUCAGCCAGUGGUCCCUGCAGCACGAGAUCUCGUGUAAGCUGUGCUGCAGCUGCAUUUCUUGGAACCCUUCCAGCUCUCGUGCUCACCCCCCCAUGAUCGCUGUGGGAAGUGAUGACAGCAGUCCAAAUUCAAUGGCCAAGGUUCAGAUCUUUGAGUACAAUGAAAACACCAGGAAAUAUGCAAAAGCUGAGACUCUUAUGACAGUCACAGAUCCUGUCCAUGACAUUGCAUUUGCUCCAAAUUUGGGACGAUCUUUCCACAUCCUGGCAAUAGCAACCAAAGAUGUAAGAAUUUUCACAUUAAAACCUGUGAGGAAAGAACUUACUUCUUCUGGUGGUCCAACAAAAUUUGAAAUCCAUAUUGUGGCUCAGUUUGAUAAUCACAAUUCUCAGGUCUGGAGGGUGAGUUGGAACAUAACAGGAACAGUAUUGGCGUCUUCAGGAGAUGACGGCUGUGUUAGGUUGUGGAAAGCUAAUUACAUGGACAAUUGGAAGUGCACUGGUAUUUUGAAAGGUAACGGGAGCCCAGUAAAUGGGAGUUCUCAGCUGGGAAACUCAACUCCUUCACUGAGCUCAAAUAUUCCAAAUCUUCAAAAUUCAUUAAAUGGAACAUCUGCUGGCAGCAGAAAGCACAGCUGAGUGCACGCUAGCUGGAGUGACUGUGCUGCUGUGCUGCUUGUUGCAUGCACACAGGAAUGGAAACCAACUUCUUUCCCUCCCCAGCGCCGUGUGAUCUCCACGAUGCACCAGCAGCCUGUUCACUACUACACACAGGCCCAAAGGCCUUUAAAUGACAGUGUAUAUAACUUCUGUACUAGUCAGACUCCUGACACUAUAAAUGGAAAGGCUUUUUGUUGACAUAUCAUCACCAAAACAAUUUUUUGGAAUGUUCUGGAGACUAACUUGGGUUUAAAAACUGAAAAGAUUGCUAUUAUCCUCAUAAGCAGUUGGGAGGAGGGCAAUUAUAAUUUUAUUCCAUUUGGAGAAUAUAGGAAUAUGUCUUUUAUUUUCUAAAACAAUAAGCUAAAAUGAUGAGUUUUUAUAAUUUUAAUUUGAAAAAUCAAAUAAAUAUUUUCAUAAAGAUUGUUUUGAGUGGUAAUGUGUUUACCUUUUGUAGAAUUGCUCUGUAGGUGACAUUAUCCACAUAACUACUUUACAGGUGGCAUUAUCCACACAACUACAUCUCUUGUAAUUAAAAUACUAGUACAGGAACAGAUCAGUAACGUGGCACCAGUUGAGCUCAAAUAGUUUGUAGCCAAGCAGCACAUUAGCAUUUGCUGGUUUUAUUGGUAGUAAAAUGGUGAAAGCACUUCUAAGUUUUCAUCUCAUAUUCAUUAAGGAGAUGGCUGUUUCUAAUCUAUGCAUGAAUGUUUAUGGUGUGAUCCUAUACAACUUGGUUUCCUUUAAGACAAUUUGGAAACAUGAGUUGACAUUUUUCAAAAAAUGUGCAUGCAGUUAAAAUUCCGUGUCUCAGGAUUUUUAAUGUGUUAUUUCAAAGAGUCCCUGUAUUCUGAAACUUUUGACUUUGAUGACAGUUAUACACCUUUUCACUUACUAAACUGCAUACAUAUUACGGGUAAGUUAUGAGAUGGUAGAAUAACAGGCUAUAAUUCUUUGAGCCUUUUUAUGCACCAAAAUUCUGUAGGUAUUCUAAGUUUUUUGCAGGAAACGAAGCCUGUGCAAUGAUUGUAUUUCUCAAGCAUGUGGAGUGCAGUAGCCAGGUCUCCCGGGUAGUGGGUUGGAGCUGGUUCUCGGUAUCAUGUAUGCACUAACGUGUGCCUGCUGCUGCUGCAGCACAUGCAGCUCUGCUGGAAAGGAAGAGCAGAUGUGUGAAUUAAGGAAUCAAAUGAGAUUAGACACACUUUCAGUUUAUAAAAUGAAUGUCUCUGUAACAUACGUCCUGAUGAUUUUGGGGGCAUUUUAACUUUAACAGAUUGUAUUUUUUUUAAAUUUUUAUACUUCUUAAGCAGCCUUGAUUCAAGUGAGAGUCUUGAUUUGUACUGUUCCAUCGGUUGUGGCAUGAAUAUACAGCUUUUUUCCUUCCUUCCAGCAUGUUUUCUCUUCUUUGGUUCUCUUUGUAUUUACUGCUUUUCUCUUUUUCUUCUGUUUCCCUCCCUCCUUUUCCCCUGUUGUUUUUGUUUUGGUGUUUUGUUCCUGUCUUCAUUAUUUCAGGUAUUUCUUUCCCCCUCUGGAUUCCCCACGGGCUGGAUCAAGAUGGUCCAGCUGUGCCCAGCUCCUUCCUCCUCCUGCUCCUCUGCUAGAGCACUCUUGCGAUGCAGACACUGCCAACCUCCACUAUCCUCACCCUCGCAGAGGAUGCCUCUCUCGGCCUCUUAAUCCCUUACCUGAGAAUGAAGGGGUGUAAAAUCCUGAUUUAAAGGCCUUACCCAGAUGCUUGUAAAUGCUUUUAUUCCGGGCUGCUUUUGGUUUCUUCAUUUUCUUUUAGAAGAUCCUUCCUAGUUAGGCCAUGUCUUGCAUGUAUCACAACUCGAGUGUUUGAAACCAAACCUGUUUGUACUUCUGCACCAGGAAACCUUGGCUUCACUAGUUGGUUACCUUGGACGAGAUGAGCUUCAGAAAAAGCAAUAUUAACUGUGAACGAUUCCCAGUAUCUGGUUCAAAGUGCCUGUCUUGUACAUUCAUUCUGUGUGGACUUGUUAUCAUAGAGUUCAGUUUUGUCUGUUAAUGGUAGCUUCAGAGGAAAGCAUAUCAUUGUGAACUUCACUCUGUAAUUCAGACAUUAAGAAAUGUUUGGAAUUUUAUAGGCUGAUGUUACAAAUGACUGUAAAAUAAAUCAUUCCUGUGUAUAAAGCAGCAAAUCAUAAGGAUAUUUUUGUCUUUUUUUUUUUUUAAAGGAAAAUGCCUUUUACUACUUGGAAUUACUACUUAAAAAUUUUGUAACUGUUCUCCAAGUAGGUUAUUUAAUAAAAGUAUUUUAAAAGAUGUGAA